CAAGCCAAAUUUCCUUAUCCAAAGUAUACUUACCACCGGCCCCUUACUCUUCUCUCCUCAUUUCCGACCACCACCGGCCAUAUAUGCCCAACAGGCAACAAUAAUAAUUAUAAUUAUAAUUAUUUAUUUAUUUAAAGAAACAAAAAGCUCUUCAACUGUAAAACCCGCGAGAGUAUUCAAAAAUUUUCGUUCACCUCCGAUCUGAUGUUAUCUUUGCAAACUCAAACCAGUGUCACCGCUCCAUCAUCAUCCUUUGAACGGUGCCGUUUUUUAGGUGCUCGUUCACCGGCUUCUUACCGGUUAUUACGGACCGUAGUCACUCUCAAAGUUCCCGGUAUUCCGCAGGGACUCCGCGCCGUAUCCACCGAGCCAUUGGGAACCCGAAACGACGUUAAUUUAACGAUCACCGAUACCAGCGAUGUUGUUCCGAGGAUAAAAAAUGACGAAGAUGAAGACGAAGAAGAAGAGGAAAAACCAGGAAUUUCGAGAAUUCAAGUGCCUAGACAGAAAUACAUACCGGUUUCCAAGGCGGAGCUCUUGGAUGCUAUUGUUUCGAGCUUGUUCGAAUCUCGAGAUGAAGAUGCUCGUCAAUUUCGCCUCCUGUCGUCGUGCCUGGAUUCAAUCCUUCACGCCGAACACAAAAGCAUUUUGGAGCAAAUGCGAACCGAUUAUUACUAUUCUUAUUCCGUAGAGGGAAAUAGAAAGACAGAGCACGUUUCAGAAUCGGAAGUUGUAGCCAACGGUGAAAGAUCUAAGUUCACCGACGAGGAUAACAUCGAACCUGAUACGUGGUUUAAUUACGGUUUGGACUUGAGGAACUUUCUAAAUUCCUCAGCUAAAAAUGUUAGGAGGUUUUCCGAUGAUAAGUCCAGAGUUGCAGUUGCUACCCGUUUUCAAAGAUCUUUUAUGCAACUUCUUAAUGACGCGCAAUUUGAAGAACUAUCAGUUAGGGAUUUGAUGUUGACAAAUGCCUUGAACACCGAUUAUCUCCUAACUUUGCCCAUAUAUGUGGACUGGAAGAAAGCAUCCGAAUCCAAUGCGAUUAUAUUCCGGCGGGGAUAUGCAACUGAGAGGCAGAAGGGUCUACUUAUUGUUGAAAAGCUGGAUUACUUACAAUCCAGACUUCUGCAAGGAUUCUUCUCCAUUAUAUCAAAACCAUUGGGAAAGGUUGGCAAAUGGAUUACUUAUAAUCUCAAAGAGGCUUUCAAAUCUGCUUAUGAGAAAGACAAAGCAGGAAAUUGGGUUAGAAGGUUGAAGCUUUGGCUUGAGGAACUGUCUCUCUUUCAACAGUCAUAUCUUAAUGAUGAGCAAAAUUCUGAGAGUCUCCUGGGGGUUGACCAACUAUCAGAUCGUGACCUACCUAUCUGGUUGGCAGCACAGAGGGCAGUUAGUCGCUAUGAAGGAUUUCUAUCAGCCAUUGGACCCCGUGGAAGGCUUCUAAGGAAGUUACUUGCUAGAGUUGGACUUCUACCUCCUACACCAGAAACACCAUUUCAGCUUGACAGUGUUAGUAGUGUUUCCGAACCUUAUUUAAGGCCAACCUUUUUAUCAAGGAUCUCCCUAGGUGACAUUUGGAGGCCAGCCACAAGGAAAUAUUGUGGCAAUGAUGUUUGGAAAAUGUUAAAAACUUCUGUUUCCAUUCUCCUUUCACAGUCAAUCCUCCAGGAGCCAGCAUUUCAAGAACUGAUUUUGCUCUAUACAAAGGAUUUUGCUGAAGGAGAUAUCGAAGAGGACACUGAGGUUCAAGCAUUAGAGUUGAAGAUCUAUGAGAGAAUUCCUAUUCCGGAUUUAUCAGUUGUUUUCCCUCACAAAAAACUGUCUUUUCGUAUCAUAGACACGGUACGAUUAGAUGUAGCCACAAUAUUGGGGCUUUCAGCAUUCUUGAUAAACUACAAAUUCGAGGACAUUUUAUCUUCCCCAUCAGCAAUAGUUCUUGACGUGGUUGCAAUCACUGCUCUGAUAAUAUAUGUUUCUCGUGUGGCCUUGGGUUACAAACAAACGUGGGAUAGGUAUCAGCUAUUGGUUAACAAGACCCUUUACGAGAAAACCUUGGCAAGUGGCUUCGGCUCAGUUCAUUUUCUUUUGGAUGCUUCCGAACAGCAGCAGUACAAGGAAGCCAUUUUAACCUAUGCUGUCCUGCUUAACAUGGAGAACGGCCAGGUCAAUUGUUACCAAAAAGUUGGAGACAAAUGUGAGAGAUUCAUAUAUGACAUCUUUAAACAAAAGGUUGAAAUGCCGAUCGACAAGGCAGUGAAUACAUUGGUAAGGUUAGGCUUAGUUACAGAAAUAAUCGGUGAUGGAAGGCUUAAGCUUCAGGCUAUUCCUUGUCCUAAAGCAUAUGAGGCUCUUAAAUGUCGUUGGGAGAGCUUGCUUGGUUAAAUUGUUUUUGUAGUACAUUUCCCAAAUUCCACUACCAGAAACUGCUUCGUGUAGGUAGUUAUUUUUGGGCUUAUAGGUUGUCUUAUUGAGAAGUUUUUUUUAUA